AUGUUGCCAUUUGAAAAUCAGUAUUGUUUGAAAGUGGAAAUUAAUUCAUUGGACGAUAUUAUUGGAAAGAAUAUGACAUUGGACGAGGUGAUGGAGGAAAAUAAGGAAUGGUUUAUUAGAAACUCAAUUUUGGUCUUUUUUACUGACUUUCUUCCAAUUAUUACAACACCAUUUGCUAAAAUUAAUCAAAUUAUUGAAAAUCUCAAAGUACUCAAAUCUGAUAUUCAUAAAAAGGAAAGCUGUAUAGAAUUUCUUGAACAUUGUCAAGUGGUGUGGGGUCACGAUAAGUUGGGAAAUAUAUUUAGAAAAACUGCAUUGGAUGAAUUGGUUUCAACUGUUAUGGCAUUGUUUCCAGAUUAUUUGGAUCCAGUACUGCUAUCACAUAUGACAUCCAUAUGA